AUGUGCAAGAAGCCGCGAGAAAGGCAGAAAGAGCACUACUAUAUUGUAUCCACUGCACCCGAAAAUCUCAGUCCAGUUCUCCUCGACCUGAGUAAGUUCUGUUUUGAAGAGUUCAAUAUCCUGCAACAGGAAGUCAUAGAUUUCCUGCAGGGUGGAGCCUACUUGUUCGCCGCAACGCAGACCAUCCAGGCGAUGGAUCCGUAUCGCGCCAAGAAGGCAGCUCGCGGCCGCGUGAUGGUAGAGGGUAGACCUAUCUUUGCUGGCUAUUCACAGAAUGUACCACAGGGAAUGAACGGUGUACAUGUGGCAGCCUGGUUUGGCUUGACCUCCUUGGUUUCAGCUUUGAUCAAAACCGGUCACGACUCAAAUGCCGAAACCCCCAAUGGCAGAACACCACUAUCCUUUGCGGCCGCGCACGGACACAAAGAUAUGGUCACUACUCUAAUUAACAAGUACGGGGCAGAUCCAGGGUCUAGAUCAGCUCGCGGGCUCACUCCACUAAACUUUGCUGCUUUCAGGGGCCAUGGAGAUGUGGUGCAGGAGCUUCUGGACACCUACCGAGUGGACGAGGAGUCACCAAGCGAUACUGGGCGAACAGCGCUCUCGGAAGCUGCUGUAAAUGGGCACGACAGGGUGGUACGUAUACUCCUGAACCGAGGUGCCAAUGUCAACUCAACUGAGAGCGUCGGGGGACAGACACCACUGAUAUUCGCUGUUAUCGGGUGCCAUCAGGAAGUUGUCCGGUCGCGAAUCAGGGCAGGUGCCAAUAUGGGGUUUGUUGAUAAUUCUGGCCGGACUGCUCUGGAACACGCUGCUGAGUUAGGUUUCGAAAAGAUCGCAAAGAUCCUGUAUGAAGAUAUAUUAGUACAUUUGAGUCUGUAUUUAUAG